UAUAGUAUUAAUUAAUAACUACUCAAAGUCUCUUUCUCUCAAACCCUCUCCUCAAGAUUUUUUCCUAAGCAUCAGAUUAGCUUUUGUAGGGUUUUUCUUUUCCGGUUUCAUGUACCCUCCUAAUUCCUCUAAGUCCACCGCUCAUGACGGCGGCGGCGAUGCCGACACCAAUCAAUAUGACUCAGCCGCUGGAGCUACCCGUGAUUUCUCCUCUCUUGGCCCUCAAACCCACCAUCAUCCGCCACCGCAGCGGCAGCAGCAGCAUCAGCAGAAUCCCAACCUCGUCGGCCAUUAUUUACCGGGCGAGCCAUCUUCCAUCGGAUUCGAUUCCAACGCUUCUUCUUCGUCUUCUUUGUUCCGACACAGAAGCUCUCCGGCUGGAUUCUACGACCAACAUCUUCCCACUGAUCCCAACGGUAACUUUUUCGUUUCUUUAUUUUUCCAACUUUUUUUUCACCCCACCAAAGAGUUCUCCUCCUAAUUAAUUGGAUUUAAUUAGUGCUGAAUCUAGUCGACAUAAUUUACAUAUUAUACAAUUAUACACAUAUCAAGAAUUUUUUUUUUAAGUGUUCAACUUUUUUUGCACAUUAAAAAAUUUGUUACAACAUUUAAUAAAUAUAUGUUUCCUAUAAGUUAGACAAAUUUGGUAUAGAAAAAAAAACAAAAUUAAAAUUCCAUAUUAGUAUUCGAAAACAUUUUAAAAAAUGAAUAUGUUAUUUUACAUCGAUAAAGUCGGCAAGUAAAUUGGUGUAGCACGUAAGUUUUGACUUACUGUAAUCUAAACCAUGUAGUCUUGGUUUUGUUUCGAUGACUUAAGUAAUUUGUCUAUAGGUUGGAAUUUGUUUGGUUUCCCUCCAUACGACUUUUGUUUUGUUUUAAUUAAAGACCAAUAAGUAUCAACCACGUAAUUGAAAACCUAAUACACAUGUAGUUCUCAAAAUAUAUCUAUUUGCUUUAGUCAAUACUUAAUCUAUCUCUAGAUCUUAUACACACCUUUCUCUUUCAGCUUAUGUCUGAAGAGAUUAACCAUGGUUGAUCUUAGUCAUAUGUAUACAUGUGUACACACGUAUAUAUACAUGCAUGAAUAAUCAAAUACGUAUUUCCAAUAGUGGCAAGUUGUUUAUUUUAAUAAUGCAAUAUAAAACACACACUUGCCAAAAGUAUAUGUUAAAAAACGAAUCGUUACAAAAAGAAAUAAAAGUAUAGUCCACUUGGAAAUAAUAUAUCCAUCCCACUUGCUCUUUUUCUUCUGACAAAGCAGCCAUGAUGGCCUACCCCUGCUGACAUGGCUUGAUCAUGGUCACUAUUUUGAUUUUUGGAUACGCCUACUUGUCAUUAUAUAUAAUAAGCUUUAUUACUAUAGUGUUAGUUGCAAGUAAUAAUUUAUAUUAUUUUUGUGCAAUUUGAUCUUCGGUUCAUUGCAUAUGUCCGGUUCACAUUCCCUGUAAUCCAUGUGCGAGCCCCAAGAAAUUUUACCCCCUCUUGCAUUAUUAUAUACAUACUACUUUGUAUAGUAUAUGAUAGUAAUUGGAAUUCGAAUGGUGAAUAUUUCUAAGAUUCUUUUUCAGGAAUCCUUAUUCUCUACCAAAUUGGCGAUAAUUAAAAUAUAUAUAAGUAGAGAGACUAGAGACAAAGGAAGGGGUCCUCGAGUUUCGAAGACGACCCAUUCUCUUCUUAUUUUGUACUAAAGAUUUUUAAAAUCAAACUGGUUAUUAAAAUACUGAGAUAACAAGUUAUAAACCUACAUUACAUUCUUUCUUUCUCUUUCAAUCUAAAUUUGUUGAUGGAAGAAGGAACAGGUUUUUCUCUAGGACGGCCAAACGGAGGCUACGGCGGAGGAGGAGAGCAAGGGCCGUCGAGGUUGAAGUCGGAGCUGAGAUUCUCUAGUGGGAGUAGUAGCCAUCAAGAACAUAAUUCUCUACCGCGAAUCUCGGAGGUUGAAGCGGCUGCAGCGGCUAGAAACGGUGUCGCAUCAAGUAGUAUGAGUUUUGGAAAUAAUCGUACUAACAAUUGGGACAACUCGUCUUCUCAUAUCAGUUUCACCAUUGAUCAACCCGGAAAACGGUCCAAGAACUCCGACUUUUUCACCUUAGAAACUCAGUAUAGCAUGCCGCAAACAACUCUGGAAAUGGCGACAAUGGAGAACUUGAUGAACAUCCCAGAGGACUCGGUGCCUUGUAGGGCUAGAGCCAAGCGCGGCUUCGCGACUCACCCACGCAGCAUUGCUGAAAGGGAGAGAAGAACGAGGAUAAGCGGGAAGCUGAAGAAGCUACAAGAACUUGUGCCUAAUAUGGACAAGCAAACGAGCUACGCAGAUAUGUUGGAUUUGGCUGUUGAGCAUAUCAAAGGUCUUCAGCACCAAGUAGAGUCACUGGAAAAGGGAAUGGAGAGAUGUACUUGUGGGGCAUGCAAGAAGCGAUGAUGAAUGAUAUUGUUCCAAGUAUGAUGCAAUAAAGUAUAGAAGAAAAGGAGAUCACUUACGAACCAAAUUCUAAGACAGAAAGAAACAUAGCAAAAAGGAGUUAUUUUGGAGGUCUAAAGAAAGUGAUGAUGGAUUAAUGAAGGCUGGUUUUGUUACUCUCUGAAAGUCUUGACCUUUAUUAUAACUUAAAAUUCGAUCAAUCGAUUUUUUUUUUCCUGUUUUCCUCAAAGUUGGUUAAUUUUAGCUUAGAGCAAAACCCAUUAUUUGAGAUUGAAAGAGAUGCGCGUUUGUGUGUGUGAAUAUAAUCCUACGUUUUGAAUUUUGAUCUGUGAAUAAAAAUCUCAGAAAAACAUCAGGAGGAUCAUAGUUGUUUUCAACAAAUGUAUAUAAAAUAAAACCUUAAUUGAACCAAAUUCAUUAUUUCAA